AUGGACUCGCCCUCCACCGGCAGCAGAACACCUUCCCUACGCAUCCCGUCCAUGCCCAGUGCGGCCGCUCAACAUCGUCAGAGCUUCCACGAACUACGAGGCCAUCCUCCCUCACCACGGUCUUCAAGACAGCCGUCUCUGUCGCACAUCGCCGUACAAGACCUGAUCGACAAUCCACCCAUGCGGAACCCAGACCCCAGGUUUGCGGGGAGGAAUUGGCAGGAGGUCAAGGUCAAAGAGCUGGUCAAUCCAGAUGAUUUGAGGUUCGUCGAGAUUGACGCCGCCGUUGAGGCUGCCACAAAUCUGCUCAUUGAGUCAGGCGCCCCAGUGGUCCUCAUCCGCGAGCAGGCCGGCUCGCCCGUCAUUGGGACGUUCGACCACCGAGAUCUCAAUGCCUACCUGUUGCUUGUGGUAGGCCUGUUGCGGCCCGAAGAAGGAGAACAUGCCCAGGAAUUCCUCGAGCUGGCACAGCGUGCGCGGGAAGGCAAGCGUAUUCAACUGCGAGAAAUCCAGGACCUGAGCAAGAAGGAGCCGCUGACGUUUCUGGACGAGAACUCGGACCUGAUCAAGGCGAUUGAGACGUUCGGCAAGGGAGUCCACCGCGUCGUGGUGAGGAACGAAACCACCAAAGAAGCCACCGGCCUGCUCAGCCAGAGUCGUCUGAUCAGGUUUCUCUGGGAAAAUGGCAGGAGUUUCCCCGUGCUCGACCAACUGUACCACCAGAAUCUACGCGACCUGAAGAUUGGUUCCAACGACGUCGUGGCCAUCAAUGGCGACCGUCCUCUCUUUGAAGCGCUCACGCUUCUUCUAAACGAAGGCGUCUCCUCGCUGCCAGUUAUCGACCACAACUACAACGUCAUCGGCAACAUCUCGAGCGUCGAUGUCAAGCUCCUCACAAAGUCCUCCUCUCUGCCGCUCCUGCGAAACACCUGCAUACACUUCAUCACCGUCAUCCUCUCCACCCGAGGAAUGUACGAAGGAAAGGAUUCCUUCCCCGUCUUCCACGUCACCCCUCUCUCCACACUCGCUCACACAGUCGCGAAACUUGUCGCCACCAAAUCGCACAGGAUGUGGAUCACCGAACCCAUCUCGCCGUCCUCCUCCGGCCCGCCUACCCCGUCCUUGCAUUCUGCAACCCUGGCUCCCACGUCCAGCCACUCGUCAUCACUCUCGCAAGCCAACGGCGCAGGAAAUGUCUUCACUCCUCCCGUCGCCACGACGACCCCAUCCACAGAUCCGUUCUCAACCUCCCCUAGCACAGUAGUAGAUUCCUCGCCAAAGCCGCCGUUCAUAGCACCUACAGGCCCGUCCAUCUCCGCCUCGGCAUUACCCGGCGCGCGCAUCUCAGGCCGGCUAGUUGGCGUCGUCUCCUUGACCGACAUCCUCAUCUUGUUUGCCCGCGUGGGUGGUCUCGUCGAUGUGGCAGACCCGAGCGAGAUCAGAAUGCGCCGGCGACGAAGCAGUUCCAGCAGCGUUAGGAGAAGUAUGGAUUUGGGACAACGCCCCAGCGUCAGCAGUGGAAACAGCGCGCUCCGACCGAGCGGGGAGUUGUCCCGGAAAGGCAGUGCGGCCAAGGGGUGUUGA